UUAUUAGAAAACAUAAUAUUUUAAAUUUUUGAUAUGAUCAUAUAUGAUUUUUUAAAAAAAUAUUUUUUAUACAAAAUACAAUCACAAUUGGAUUUUAUGUACUAAUAGUAGUUUUUUCAAUAUUAGCAGCAAAAGUACACAAUUUAGACUUUUAUUUUAUCCUUAGAAAUUUACAUUAAGCCAUAAAAAGCAUGGAAGAUAAUGAGUUAGAAGAGGAUAAUGGAAAUUGGCUCAUUUUGAGAAAUUUGUACUCUAUAUUAUUAUGCAUUUAAUUUACUCCAUUUGUGUGUUUUAAUUGGCUAAUGAUGACAAAUGAAACUGUUGGUCAAGUUUCCAAGUAGAUACAAAUUAAAACAUUAGGCAAAGCUUACACAAGCCCAAAGGCUUGAUAGUGUUCGGAAUAAAACCCAUUAUAAACCCCGAAUAGAAAUCCAGUCGGAAAUAUAUGAACUGAACCAGUCAAAUCAAUAUAUAUAAAGGAUUAAAGGUUAUAUGACAAAGUUACAUAUAUUUCGUGUCCAGUAUCAGAUCUAUAUAAUAUAUAUUGUUGGUAAAAUAAACUAAAACUACAUGUAAAAGCAUCUCCAACCUUUCUUUAACGAAUGAACAUUUUUAACUCAUUUCUAUAUUGUUUUCUAUAAUAAUAUAUAUUUACUAUAUUUCAUAUCUAUUUAUAAUUAAAAGUAAUAUUUGUAUAUUUAAGAGAAGAAUUAAAUUUCUCUAUUUUGUUUAAAUAUUUAAAUAUUAUUAUUUUUAAAUACUUUGGAGUAAAUUCAGAAUUUAUCUAUAUUAAAUAAAAGAAUAUCAAAAUACAAUGAAAAUAGUCUAAUAUCUUCAACAAAUAAAUGUAUGUUUAAAAAUCAUUAAACUGGAAGACAAAAAGUGAAUGUAAAAAAACAUGUUCAACAACAAUAUAUAUGUUCGCUGAACAUCAUUAAAUUGGGAGAAGUUAUGCCAGGCAUUCAAAUUUAACCCAUGAGAAAGUAGGGUCUAUAUGUGUUACAAAAUUAAAUAACACUUGCUUCUUAUGGAGCCACAUAUUGAAUGAUUAAGCCCACCUAUAAUGAAUAUAAAAUAACAUUUCACCUAUAUGAAUAUAAUAACAAAUUUUUUAACAAGUCUUCUACAGAAAAAGUACGCAAAAGUAAACAAAUUUUACGUCUCACCAAACACACCCACCUACUUAUCUGUCCCACAAGCCCACAACACACAACACCGAAUCUCCCGCACUUUUUUUGGUUUUGAAACAAAAGCAACAUAGUUAUUUCUUAAGAAUUGAUUAAUUAUUGAUUAGAUCAUGAUCUCGUACAUACAUUUGAGGUGAACAUACUAGUUUUUGUUGAAAAUUCAAUUGGUGAAAUAAAAACAGAGUUUGAUUUGUAAUGAGCGAGUAUAAACCAUUAUCUAUCGCACGCAGCUAUCUCUGGUUGAAUCGUACCAACCCUCUCUACUUCAUGUGAUUGCCAAUAAAGGUGACGUGGCCCUGACACCAACCUCAAAACUAAAGCUUCCUACCCUUCCCCACUCGCUAACAAAACGCUUGUGACCUCGGUCUUAUCUUAUGUAGGGAGAGACAAAUAAGCAUUUAAUACCGUCAAACGAAUGUUUUCAAAAUUUGAAAUAGAAAAAAUGAUUAUAUAAUUUUAGUGAUGGCACUGGCAGGAGACGCAACAAUACUAGUUUAGUGUCGAUUAGACUUUGCUAUUUUCGAAGAAGAUAGAUACACUUAGAAGGAAGCUGAUUGUGAUUCUAUCUUUAUAAGAAAAUAUGUUUGCAGUCUUUCUGUUCCCUAGUUUUUAUUGUUAACGUGCGAUCCUUAUUUAACUAACAGCUACCUAACGUGCAUGUAUUUGAACAUUCAUGCAGUAAUGCUUGAUAUUCAACUAAAUACAUUUGUUGACAGUAAAACUAUAUAAUAUAAUAACAUUUUAUUUUUUUGUCUAAUGGUUUAACAUUUUACAUUUUAUACACUGGAAAAACCAACAUUUCUCAUAAACUAUUUAAUUCCGUUGACAAAUUAUGUAAAGAUAUUAGUGUAAAAUUAUGAAAUAAAACAGAAAAAUAUACUCCUUGCCGCAAUAAUACUAUAUUAGUGAAUAUAUAAAACACUACUGUUCACACAUUAUUAUGAAAAGUUGAACAAAAAUGAUGAAAAGUUGUUAAGAAAAAAAUCUCAAGUGGAUGGAUUUCACCUCAAUUUGUUCAAAAAAAAAGUAACCAGUGAAAUCCAAAGCAAUGAUUUUUUCUAUGAAAAUUUUCCUUAACUGUAUAAACUACCGAUCUUAAUGAAAAGUUAAAAAAUAAUGUAGCUUUUUUCCACUUCUGUAUUUUUUUCUCUGCCAACUUCCCCCUAACAUCAUCAAUAAUGGACAUCGUCCACUUUUUUGUUUGUGCCGUGAACUUUGCGAUUUAAUUCCAUAUUUAAGUCUAAAAGAUAAUGUGUUUGCUAAAAGCUAAAUAUUUCCCAAUUUUCAUUUUAAAAUAAACAAAAUAAUUCGGUUCACCAACCCCUUCCCUAAUAUAACUCAAAGUCUCGACCACAUCUAUCUAGAAUUCUAGAAGUGAAUUCGAUUUAUACUUUUUCUCCUUUUUACUAAUAGUUCACUGACCAAUCCCAUGUCGUGGUUCCUUAUAGCGGCGGCGACAAUAGCCGCCGUCGUCUCUUACAAGCUGAUUCAACGGCUGAGAUUCAAGUUCCCACCAGGCCCACGUCCCAAGCCUAUCGUCGGUAACCUCAACGACAUAAAACCGGUCCGGUUCAGAUGCUACUAUGAGUGGGCUCAGACCUAUGGACCAAUCAUAUCGGUCUGGAUUGGUUCUAUCUUAAACGUGGUCGUAUCUAGCGCCGAGCUAGCUAAAGUAGUCCUCAAAGAACACGACCAGAAACUUGCCGACAGGCACCGGAACAGAUCGACGGAAGCAUUCAGCCGCAACGGUCAGGAUCUUAUAUGGGCUGAUUAUGGGGCACACUACGUGAAGGUGAGAAAAGUUUGCACUGAACUCUUCACACCUAAACGGCUCGAGUCUCUUAGACCUAUACGUGAAGAUGAAGUCACUGCCAUGGUUGAGUCCGUCUUCAGAGACUGUAACGUUCCUGAAAAUAAAACGAAAGGAUUACAACUGAGGAAGUACUUAGGAGCAGUUGCCUUCAACAACAUAACGCGGCUAGCGUUCGGGAAGCGUUUUGUGAACGCGGAAGGUGUGAUGGACGAGCAAGGGCUUGAGUUCAAGGCCAUAGUAUCCAACGGUCUGAAGUUAGGUGCUUCACUGUCGAUAGCUGAACACAUCCCCUGGCUCCGGUGGAUGUUUCCCGCGGAUGAGAAGGCGUUUGCUAAGCACGGAGCUCGUAGGGACCUCCUCACGCGAGCUAUCAUGGAGGAGCACACUUUGGCACGUCAAAAGUCUAGUGGAGCCAAACAACAUUUCGUUGAUGCGUUGCUUACAUUGAAGGAUCAGUAUGAUCUUAGUGAAGAUACCAUCAUUGGUCUCCUAUGGGAUAUGAUCACGGCGGGGAUGGACACGACCGCUAUAACAGCCGAAUGGGGCAUGGCGGAAAUGAUCAAGAAUCCAAGAGUACAACAAAAGGUACAAGAAGAAUUCGACCGUGUUAUCGGACGUGACCGGGUCCUAACCGAGCCAGACUUCUCACGCUUACCCUACUUGCAAUGCGUGGUUAAAGAAUCCUUCAGACUCCACCCUCCAACGCCUCUGAUGCUUCCUCACCGAUCCAACGCAGACGUCAAGAUAGGAGGCUACGACAUUCCCAAAGGAUCAAACGUCCAUGUGAACGUCUGGGCGGUGGCUAGAGACCCAUCCGUAUGGGAAAACCCAUUAGAGUUUAGACCAGAGAGGUUCUUGGAAGAAGAUGUUGACAUGAAAGGUCAUGACUUUAGGCUGCUUCCCUUUGGAGCAGGAAGACGAGUCUGUCCCGGUGCACAACUUGGUAUCAAUCUGGUGACUUCGAUGAUGGGUCAUUUGCUUCACCAUUUCGUUUGGACACCGCCUCAAGGCACUAAACCAGAGGAGAUUGACAUGUCUGAAAACCCUGGACUCGUUACUUACAUGCGUGUUCCUGUUCAAGCCGUUGCAACGCCUAGGUUGCCUUCUGAACUUUAUAAACGCGUGCCUUUCGAUAUGUAACCGUCUUUCUGAUCCACAUCCUGCUGCUGCUAGUGAUGCCGAUGGCCUUGUUGUUUUCUUUGUAUGCAUGUCUCACUUUUGUGGUUUAUCAUUGAAAGCUUUUUGAUGAGAUUAGUUGUGUCA